AUCCGCUUUGCCAUCUUAAACCUUCCAAGUGACUGUCCUUUUCCUUCUGUCUUUCCCCAGCCGCGGGCCGGACCGGGCAGAGCUGGGCAGCCCAGGCGCGGUCGUGACCAUGGCGUCCCUCUUCAAGAAGAAAACCGUGGAUGAUGUAAUAAAGGAGCAGAAUCGAGAGUUACGAGGUACACAGAGGGCUGUAAUCAGAGAUCGAGCAGCUUUAGAGAAACAAGAAAAACAGCUGGAAUUAGAAAUUAAGAAAAUGGCCAAGAUUGGUAAUAAAGAAGCUUGCAGGGUUUUAGCAAAACAGCUUGUACAUCUAUGGAAACAGAAAACAAGAACUUUUGCUGUAAGUUCAAAAGUCACUUCUAUGUCCACGCAAACAAAAGUGAUGAAUUCCCAGAUGAAGAUGGCCGGAGCGAUGUCUACUACAGCAAAAACAAUGCAGGCAGUUAACAAGAAGAUGGAUCCACAAAAGACAUUACAAACAAUGCAGAAUUUCCAGAAGGAAAAUAUGAAAAUGGAAAUGACUGAAGAAAUGAUCAAUGACACACUUGAUGACAUCUUUGAUGGCUCUGAUGAUGAAGAAGAAAGCCAGGAUAUUGUGAAUCAAGUUCUUGAUGAAAUUGGAAUCGAAAUCUCUGGAAAGAUGGCCAAAGCUCCAUCAGCUGCCCGAAGUUUACCAUCUGCCUCUACUUCAAAGGCUACAAUCUCCGAUGAAGAGAUUGAAAGGCAACUCAAAGCUUUAGGAGUAGAUUAGCCAAAAACGUCAUAAGAUUUUUUGCUUAAUUAUAAUUACUUAGUAUAAACCAGGCACAGUGCAGAUUCCUUUUACAAAACAAAUUUAUUUUGCAAAAAUAAAGACCAUGAGUGAACAGUUGUUUCCUAACCCAUGGCUAUUUCAAAAGAGUCUUUUGCCAAAGAAU